UAAAUCUCCUGAUUGCUUAAUAAUUCAAAUAUAACCAAUCCAUUUUCGACGCAAUAUCACAAAAAGUCUCACUUGUCUCCGUUUCCGCUCCCCAGUCCUACCCUACAUAAUCCACCCCGGCCCACGGACAACCACCCCACCCUCCCCUCCCUUCCCCCCGGCCGGCCAACCGACCCCACUCCUCGGGACGGCACGUAGCCCGGGGCGGUAGCCAGCUGAACUGAUAAAAGGGGACGAGGCACAAACAACCCGUCAGGUGAUCGCAGUCGAGACAGAACGCACGGCACGCACGCACGCACGCACAGCCCUUCGACCACGAUGCGUUCUGUUGCGAUCGUCCUGCUGUUGGCGGCCGCGGCGGCCGGCCGCCCGUCCCGCCUGAACCUGUUCGGGGGCUCGUUCGGUCACCACCAGUUCCAGAGCCCCGCCGGCCAGGCCACCGGCAGUGCCGGCGGCACAGUCACCACUGGUGUCAGCAACACGCCGCUGGGCAGCACCAGCAUCACCAACGUGGGCGCGUCGGCCGGGGGCUCUGCCGGCGGCGGUAACGCAGUGAGCACGAACACUGCCACGGCCACUCACGUAGGAACCAGCGGCGUCUUCGGUAACACCCAGGGCAGCAACGUGAACGCCGUAUCCAACCAGCACACCUUCGGCAGCGCCGGAUCCAACCUGCACGGCACCUUCGGCGGCUUCGGCUUCGGGAAGUAGGCUUGAAGGUGUUGGAAAGGAUCGAAACUGCCCGGCGCGUUUGACUUUGAGACUCUUGUCGCCAUUGAGAAACUCCAGCUUGCCCGGCGCCUUCAGAUUUGUGAAGGAGACUUGGUCGUCAUUGCGGGUUGAUUUUGUUUGAGCUCAGGGACCGUUUGAUGCGACUUGCGCUUCGGGGAAAAAGACGUCAAUUUCCAUUGGGGGCUGAUUUUAAUUCAGGGGCCGCUUGGCGCGACUUCGGUAAGCGGCGGACUUAGGACAAUGUGCCGAUAAAUGUAAAACGGUACGGGUAAUGAGGGCAGGACGUUUUAUAUUUUUAGACUAGAAUGAUGCGCGAGUGCUGAAAAGGUGUGAACUGUGAAUGAUUCUUCGGUUGGUGACUACAAAAUGAUUUGAUAA